GAGCAGGCAGAACAGGAUGAAAUGUAUCAAAACAGAAGUCAACGCUGUACCUGUUUAAAGGAGCCGUGAACCAGGAGGAAACGUUCACCGACAGUUUAGGAAUUCUACUUAGAAGUGUUUUAGAAAAAAAACAAAUUAUUAUGGAAACAGCUUAAGACUUAAAGAAGUGUAGUUAAAGAGGUUUAUGAAAUUAAAACACAAGCAGAUGAGCGCAACCAAGAGGAUUAAAGGCAAACAUGUUAAGAAGAUGAGGAAAACAAUACAGGCUAAUUAGAGAAGCGGUCGGAGUGGGAAUUGCUUUCGGUGAACAGCCGGACAAUGGCUUGAGUUUGUUUUUCGUUCUUUUUUGGGCUGCGAAGAAGCUGCAUUCAUGACCGAGGAGACGGAAAAGAAACUUUACCGCGUGUGCGUGGGAUAUUUCAUUCUAUGAAACUAUUGCGUUUUCUUGUCUGUCAGCGGAACCACCUGUUUCUGGACGGAUUUGAUUGAUUCAUCAUGUCCAAAGUGGUACAGAAAAAGAACCACUGGACCACCAAAGUUAACGAGUGCACGAUCUGUAAGGACGCCCGCGGCGAGCUGAACGUGCAGCUGCUCGGCGGAGCGGAGAACGGCGAGUUCGCCUAUAUCGGACCCGUUAACGGGAAUGCCGUACAGUACAGACAUGGGAAAGUGUCCGAGGGGGAAUUACUGCUGGAAGUGGAGACGCUCUCUGUCUCUGGAUUGCCGCUGUAUGAUGUGCUGACAGUGAUCAAGAACUGCAAGGGACCUAUUAGGUUGAAAACUGUGAGGCAAGGAAAUAAACUCAAUAAAGACCUGAAACACUACCUGAGCCAAAGGUUUCAGAAAUCCUCUGCUGACUACGAGCUUCAGCAAACCAUACGCGACAACCUCUACCGCCACGCAGUGCCUUGUACGACCCGCCUCCCUCGUGACGGAGAGGUGCCAGGAGUAGAUUAUAAUUUCUUGUCAGUGGACGAGUUUCUGAAGCUUGAACAGAGUGGGACACUGUUGGAGAUCGGAUCUUACGAAGGUAACUAUUAUGGAACACCCAAGCCGCCCAGCCAGCCCCCUAGUGGGAAAGUGAUUACUGGCGAUGCUCUGCAAGACAGUCUUCCUGGUUCCCAGCAGUCGACCCCACGCCGAACCAAGUCCUACAAUGAGAUGCAAAAUGCUGGAAUAGUGCCUACAGAGACUGAGGAUGAUGAUGAGGUUCCUGAAAUGAACAGUAGCUUCACAGGAGACUCAAGUGAACCGGACGACCACCCUUCUGUGCGGCCCUUCGCCCGCGACUACGUUCAACCCUACGGGCUCAACAACACCUCGGCGUCAACCACGGAGAGCUCUCAGAACACACAUACACACCCCGGCUAUCCCACGGAAGAGGAACCUCAGGGGCCUCUGCCCGAAAACUGGGAGAUGGCCUACACUGAGAGCGGAGAGGUCUACUUUAUAGACCACAACACAAAGACAACAUCCUGGAUAGAUCCCCGAUGCCUGGACAAACCUCAGAAACCCCUGGAGGAAUGUGAAGAUGAUGAAGGGGUACAUACAGAGGAACUGGACAAUGAGCUAGGUACGACCCGCCUCCCUCGUGACGGAGAGGUGCCAGGAGUAGAUUAUAAUUUCUUGUCAGUGGACGAGUUUCUGAAGCUUGAACAGAGUGGGACACUGUUGGAGAUCGGAUCUUACGAAGGUAACUAUUAUGGAACACCCAAGCCGCCCAGCCAGCCCCCUAGUGGGAAAGUGAUUACUGGCGAUGCUCUGCAAGACAGUCUUCCUGGUUCCCAGCAGUCGACCCCACGCCGAACCAAGUCCUACAAUGAGAUGCAAAAUGCUGGAAUAGUGCCUACAGAGACUGAGGAUGAUGAUGAGGUUCCUGAAAUGAACAGUAGCUUCACAGGAGACUCAAGUGAACCGGACGACCACCCUUCUGUGCGGCCCUUCGCCCGCGACUACGUUCAACCCUACGGGCUCAACAACACCUCGGCGUCAACCACGGAGAGCUCUCAGAACACACAUACACACCCCGGCUAUCCCACGGAAGAGGAACCUCAGGGGCCUCUGCCCGAAAACUGGGAGAUGGCCUACACUGAGAGCGGAGAGGUCUACUUUAUAGACCAUGUUAACAGGAAGACGCAGUAUGAAAACCCAAUUCUGGAGGCUAAAAGGAAGAAGCAACUGGAGCAGUCUCAGCCCGCUGAAGAAUGGAUAGAGGAGCAUUCGACAGGAGCACCGCUAGCGAGCUAUGCUGCUAACCACCAAGAGACUUACAGAGAACCCGGCACCGCUCCUCCACUAGCAUCCCAACUGGGGGCUAAACGAGGGAAGCCAUUUUUCACAAGGAACCCUGCAGAACUGAAGGGGACAUUCAUUAACACCAAGCUGAAGAAGAGUAGGCGUGGGUUUGGCUUCACCGUGGUAGGAGGAGACGAACCAGACGAGUUCCUGCAGAUUAAGAGUCUGGUGCUUGAUGGACCAGCUGCUCUGGAUGGAAAGAUGGAAACAGGUGACGUUAUCGUGAGUGUGAAUGACACUUGCGUGUUGGGUUACACACAUGCCCAGGUUGUGAAGAUAUUCCAGUCCAUCCCUAUCGGCUCUAUGGUCGACCUUGAACUUUGCCGUGGCUACCCCUUACCCUUUGACCCUGAUGACCCCAACACCAGCCUGGUGACUUCUGUGGCCAUUCUGGACAAGGAGCCCAUCAUCGUCAAUGGAAAAGAAAGCUACGACUCGCCAUCAAGUCACGGGAGUGAAACUACAGGUGGCGGCGGUAGUUUGAACGGCUCCAGCGACCCACCUCGCCCCCACAGCCCUUCAGCAGAGGUGGCUUCCAAUGGCUCUCACGGUUAUCCCAGCGACGUGGUCACACUGGCAUCUUCGAUCGCAACCCAGCCCGAGCUCAUUACUGUCCACAUGGAGAAGGGUGACAAAGGAUUUGGCUUCACAAUAGCAGACAGCCCGUCUGGGGGAGGCCAGCGAGUGAAGCAGAUAGUGGAUUACCCACGAUGCAGAGGCCUGAGGGAGGGAGACAUCAUCAUGGAGGUUAACAAGAGGAACGUGCAGAACCUGACGCACAAUCAGGUGGUCGAUCUGCUCAGCAAGUGCCCCAAAGGCAGUGAGGUGACCAUGCUGGUACAAAGAGGGGUGGCACCUGCGAAGAAGAGCCCCAAACUGCAACAGUUGGAGCGCAAGGACAGUCAGGGCAGCUCCCAGCACAGCGUGUCCAGUCAGCGCAGCAUCCACACUGACUCCCCCCUCCACGCCUCCCAGGCCCUGCUCAACGAGUCGGUUGCACCACCUCCCCCCUCCCAGCCCCUGCCAAGCCUGCCCCAGGACCCUCCAGUAGACGGAACUCUCCAGAAGAAACCAGAUCCCUUUAAAAUCUGGGCCCAGUCCAGGAGCAUGUAUGAAAGUAGGCUACCUGAUUACCAGGAGCAGGAUAUUUUCCUGUGGAGAAAAGAUACCGGCUUUGGAUUCAGGAUCCUUGGAGGCAAUGAACCUGGCGAGCCGAUUUAUAUUGGCCACAUUGUGAAAUAUGGAGCUGCCGAUGAAGAUGGGCGUCUGCGAUCAGGAGAUGAGCUUAUUUGUGUGGAUGGAACGGCUGUUGUGGGAAAAUCCCAUCAGCUAGUUGUUCAACUCAUGCAACAAGCUGCAAAACAGGGUCACGUCAACUUGACCGUGAGGCGCAAGACUGGAUAUGGAUGCUUCCUUAACAUUUGUGAUGUUCCUCCCGCAGAGUCCUCCAAUGCAUCACUGCUGACCAACGCUGAAAAGAUUGCAACCAUAACUACCACACACGCACCUCAACAGCAAACUGCACCUGAGCCAAGAAACAACACCAAACCAAAACAGGAGUCUUUUGAGUUCAAAGCCCCACAAGCUCCACCUCCUCCAGCUCCAACACAACCUUCAAAUCAGGAUGCUGAGUUCUACUCUGUUGAUCUGGAGAGGGACAAUAAAGGCUUUGGUUUCAGCCUUAGAGGGGGUCGAGAGUACAACAUGGACCUGUAUGUGCUGAGACUUGCAGAGGACGGAGCAGCCGUGCGAAAUGGAAAGAUGAGGGUUGGAGAUGAGAUCCUGGAGAUCAAUGGGGAGAGCACCAAGGGCAUGAAGCACGCCCGCGCCAUUGAACUGAUCAAAAACGGUGGCCGAAAAGUCCACCUGGUCCUAAGGAGGGGGGACGGCUCUGUGCCAGAAUAUGACGGCAUCAACGACGGCAACGGCCUCAGCGCCGGUGCACAAACUGUUUCGGAAGUGAACGCAGCUCCUCUCGAAAGUCGGCCCCACCCACCAUCGGAGUCCAGCUAUCCACCAGACCUUCACAAAUCAUCACAAAAUGACGACAGGAGGGCGCGGGAGUCGGGCCAACAGGAGCACGGCCACCGGUCAAACCACCGCCACAUCAACCACAGACACCGCUCCCCUGAAAAGAAGAGCAGGAGCAAAGGGCACAGCAAGGACAGUGGAACCUCAAAGCCUCAUAAGAGGAAGGGCGACAAGAAGAGGUCCAGCAAAGAUGACUCACACCAUCACCACCACCACAGUCACAACCAGAAUCACCAUCACCACCGGAGGCACCGCUCCCCAGAGAGGCGCAGAGCUCGGAGCGCUGAGAACACCUUGGACAGUCGAUACGACCAGAGACACGGCCGCUCACCGGAUAGACGCCACCAUCGCCACUCUUCUCCUCGCAGACACAGUUCACCUCAGCGCUCACCCCACCGAUCCGGUUAUCGCCGCAGCUCUCCUUACCACCGUAGAUCCCCCUACCGUUCCCCACAAAGAUCCAGAUACCAGUCUCCCUCGAGACGUCCUGCGGCUUCCUCAGAUAAACCCUACAACGGUGACUUCGACAGGGGGCUGGAUAUGACCUUAAAAGAGCCUCCUGCUCCGAAACCUCCAUCUCGAUCCGAGAGCAUUCCACAUUUGGCAACGUCCCUGGACCGGCUCAAUCUGGAAGACACCCUACCAAGACAGCCACCCAGCUACCUUGACGACCUUUCCCCUAUGGAGCGAGCAUAUCGCGACUCGACCCUUUUCCGCGGGGCUUCUCGAGAUGGCACCUUUCCCCGCAUUCGGACACCCGACUCGGAUUCAGCCUUCCAGAACUACAACUCGUUGUUGAGGGGCCGCUCCCCUGUGAGAAGUGGGGGCAGACAGGACGGAUACCAUAGAGUCGAGUCUUCGGUUUCAAACUCGUACCGGACCAGGAGUCUAGGUCGAGACCUGUCUCCCAUCAGAGGGUACCGUGAUGAGGAGGAAGAGGAGGUCGAAUCCCAGCUGAGUGAUUAUUAUAGCACGCUCAGAUCCAGUUACAGUAGAGCUAACAACAGUGUACCUGAGCCAAGGAGGAAGGCCUACAAAGAGAGCCCUAAAGACCUCAGCAUUUGAUGGGUCGGCUAUGAAGGGCACCAUUCCCAGAACCCACUGUCCACACGAGCCUUCAUCCAAGGACUGCGCAGACCCUGGAUACUAAAUUAUUGAUUUGAAAUCUGGUGUUUUCUCAUGGUUGAACAUCUUUACAACUCUCAACAGCAGAAGAAUGAUUUUGUUUCUUUCCAUCAAAUCGUCAUUUUGGUUUCUUUUAUGACCCUUUUUAUAAGUCUGCUAGCAGUUCUACA